GUACAGAUUUGUAAAACAACAAUCAACAUGUCUAUUGUGCAACUGGUUAUGUGUCUCUGUGUUAUUGGUGGGGCUCUGGCCCGUACCGAAGCUGAAGUGAAAGAAUUCUUCUUGCAACAAAGCGUCGAAUGUACCAAGGAUCAUCCCGUAACCGCUGAAGAGAUGACCAUGCUCAACAAACACGAACUCCCCGACAGCAAGAAUGCACGCUGCCUCUUAGCCUGCGUUUAUAGGAGAACUACUUGGAUGGACGAAAAAGGAAUAUUCUUAAAGGAGAACGCAUACAAACUCGCACAAGAAAAGCAUCCAGAUGACACCGCCAAGUUGGAGAAAUCUAAGGAACUUUUUGAAUUAUGCAGCAAAGUAAAUGAAGAAACAUUCAGCGACGGAGAUGAAGGUUGCGAGAGGGCUGCAAAACUCACUAAAUGCCUCACAGAAAAUGCUCCUAAGAUGGGUUUCGAACUGGAUUAGUAAUAAUUAAAAAUACCAGAAAUCAUUAAGUAAAUUAAGUAUGCAUCAAGAAAUAAACUCAUUGGCAAAAUUGUUUUUUUUUUAUUUAUUUAUUCAGCAAACAUAGUAAAAACAUAUACAUGUGUGGUCUUACAAAUAGGGAAUACAAAAUAUACGUAAGUAUGCACGAUUAUGUUUGGUAAAGUUAUAACUAUUUCCUUAUACAUAAUUACAACACGUGCAAAAAAACAUGAGGGGUAGGAUCCCUCAUUGAUAUUUAUUUUACAACAAAACCUUUAGGAGAAAGCCGUUCUUAUAAAUUGCAUUUUAUGUUUU